AUAUAAGAUCAGAUGAAUUUGUCUCAGGCACCAGUAAUCACUGAGCCAUCAUCAUGAAAUUCCUGAUCCUCGCCUGUGUCGCCGCCGUGGCAGUUGCCGCCCCUCAGUACAGCUACGAUGGUCCUCGUGCUGCCUCUAGUGAGGAGCGCGAGUUCGUGCCAAUCCUCAAGGACGAGCGCGUCCACGAGGAAGAUGGAACUUACAACUUCGACUUCGAAGCUGCCAACGGCAUCAGCUUCUCUCAGGCUGGAUCCCCCGACGGCGAUGAGGACGCUGUGAUCAAGGCUGGAGAAUACUCGUACACUGCUCCUGACGGCACUGAAAUUCACCUUACCUUCGUUGCUGACGAAAACGGCUUCCAGCCCCAAGGUGACCACCUCCCAGUGGCUCCCGAGUUCCCUCACCCAAUCCCUCAGUUCGUCCUCGACCAGAUCGCCUUCGCCGCCGAGGAGGACCGCAAACGCGCCCGCAGCGACGACUCCGAUGAAGUUUCCGCCCCAUCCGGCCUCUACGGACACCCCAACUAAAAUCUGACUUCGACUAUGUAUUUAUUCUAUUUAUGGUUGAAAUAGAAUGUUUCAUUUA